AUGUUUUUCUUCCCGCUGUUCGAUGCGAGCAGUAAAAUACCCGAAGGAAUUUUAUUCGGAUCAUCUCAUAAUUUGGGAAAUUUCGACGAAUGCGUUAACGUUGUCACCGAAAUGCCCGGAAAAGGCCAUGAACAAGAUGAAAACGUGCUCAAAGGACAAUAUUGUUUGGCAAAAGUUAAUUUAUCGGGUUUUCACAAGAAAAGUGACGACACCGAAUUACCAUCUCAUUCCGCUUGGGGAACCUUAAAGGUACCGACGACGAGAAGAGAAUUUCGUAAGGAUGUCGUUUAUUGGACCUUCUGCGUACCUUCUGCUUGCACAAACGAAGACGUUGAAUUUUUUUUCAACACUCUUGCCGAAACUUAUAAAAUAAGAGGUCUUUUAUUAAAAUUCGAAAUACCACCUGAUAUGUGUCAGGUUAAAAAAGAAUUACAAUUUGACGGAUAUGACGUAGCUUUUUUCGUCGUGGGAGCUUUUGUUUUAGCCAUUGCUGUAGCCACGACAUACGAUUUAACGAUUGUACAAAAAUCUCCGGAAAAAAUUAAAAAUUUUAAAACAAAUUUACUCAUUUGUUUUUCCGCAUAUACGAAUUUCAUAAAAUUGUCAGCUUAUGCUCCGUCCAUACAUAAUUUGGAUAGUAUUUUCGGCAUUAAAGCAAUUACGAUGGUUUUAAUAUUGAUGGGACAUGCAACAGCAUUUAUCAUUGGGGGGCCAAGUAUGAAUUCGAAUUUUAAAGAAGAAGCCGUGUUAAAAGUCGAAAACGGAAUUUUAUUAAACAAUCCUCUUUUAGUGGACACUUUUCUCAUGAUUGGAGCUUUUCUCCUCUGCAGAUUAUUACUCGCAGAAUUAGAAAAGAGAAAAUUCGUUAAUCCAUUCAUCGUUUACAUAGCGAGAAUAAUAAGAUUGACUCCAGCUUAUGCAGUUGUUAUAGCCAUUUAUUGCACGUGGUUUUACAAAUUCGAUUCAGGUCCCCUGUGGGAAUCUAGAGUCGGUUUAGAAAGAGAAAGAUGUAGAAAAUCAUGGUGGGCUAAUUUACUUUACGUAAAUAAUUACGUCAGUAACGAAUAUUUGUGCAUGUUUCAAUCCUGGUAUUUGGCCGUUGACACGCAAUUUUUUUUUCUCGCUCCCGGUAUUAUUUAUCCACUUUAUAAAUGGCCAAUGAUUGGAGAAAUCAUUUUAUUUGGUACUACAACCAUAUCCGUUAUAAUUCCAUUCGUUGUUACAUUCGUUAAUCAUUUAGAUCCGGUUUUAAUGAUGUAUGCGAGCGAAAUAACUGAUCUUUCUGCUAAUCCAAUGUAUAAAACAACAUACAUAAAAACUCACAUGAGGGGAAUGUCUUACACUAUCGGUUUAUCAUUGGGAUACAUAAUUCACAGAAUUCAAAGUUCCGGUUAUAAAGUUCCAAAGAAAAUUCUUUGGUGCGGAUGGAUAAUCGGUACUUUUUCCGCGAUAUCUUCAAUGUUUUCCGUCAGCGUGUUUUAUUACAGGCCCUACGAUGCAUUCGAAUCAGCAACUUAUGCUGCUUUGCAUAGAGUCGGAUGGUGCGUUGGCAUAGCUUGGGUCAUAUUCGUAUGCAUAACAAACAACGCAGAAAAAUUAAAUAAAUUUUUAAGUCUGAGAUUGUGGGUACCUUUCAGUAGAUUAAGCUAUUGCGCAUAUUUAGUUAACGGUCUCGUUGAACUUCACACGAUUGGAACAUUAAGGCACACGAGAUACCUGACUAAUAUUGAAAUGGCCAAAGAAAUUUUAUCACACGUUAUUAUCACAUACGUUUUAGCACUUUUGUUUUCCAUACUUUUCGAGGGUCCCAUAUUAGCCAUCGAAAGUAUUCUUCUCAAGAAAGCCAAUAACACGACAAUUAAAAAACCGAUCGGAUCCACGAGUACGACAUCGGUAGAAUCACAAUCAUCGGUCGAAACAACCACGAUAAACGAAUGA